UUUUAUAUGUUUUGAUUUUUUUUAAAAAAGAGACAAUCUUUUGAAAACAGUUGCUAAUCACCAGCCAGGAAAACCUUUGUCUGGGAUGAAGAUUCUUGAUGUUGGCUGUGGUGGUGGAUUGUUAACUGAACCUCUAGGGCGGCUUGGGGCUUCAGUUGUUGGAAUUGAUCCUGUGGAUGAGAACAUUAAAACAGCACAGUGCCAUAAAUCAUUUGAUCCAGUCCUGGAUCAGAGGAUAGAGUACAGAGCAUGUUCUCUUGAAGAGAUUGUGGAAGACACUGCAGAAACAUUUGAUGCCGUUGUAGCUUCUGAAGUUGUAGAACAUGUGCUUGAUCUAGAAACAUUUUUACAGUGCUGCUGUCAAGUGUUAAAACCCGGUGGCUCUUUAUUCAUUACUACAAUCAACAAAACACAACUGUCCUAUGCCUUGGGAAUUGUUUUUUCAGAGCAAAUUGCCGGUAUUGUACCAAAAGGUACUCAUACUUGGGAGAAGUUUGUUUCACCUGAAAAACUAGAGAGCAUUCUAGAACCAAAUGGUCUGUCAGUUCAAACUGUGGCAGGAAUGCUUUAUAACCCCUUCUCAGGUCACUGGCAUUGGAGUGAAAAUACCAGCCUUAACUAUGCAGCUCAUGCCGUGAAAUCCACAGUACAGGAACACACGGUGCCUGCUGAAUUUGUUUUAAAGGAGGAAACAGAAGAGCUCCAAGCUAAUGCCUACACCAGCCCAGGCAUGCAUGAAGAGCUGAAGAAAUAAAUCGUUUCUAGGGACUAUAGUAAUAUGGCUUGAAAGUCUGAUGUUUAUAAGUAUAAAAAGUAUGUAAUUUAUCCAUUAAGAGAGAAUCAUGAAGAAAGGGUCAAUAAAAAGGGCUAAAACCUGAA